CGCGUGAAUGUAGUUCGUCCUUUUCGUGGAUAAGUAGAAGUAACUUUUCGAGUCUGAAAAUUGGGCUCCCCAAGUUUAUGAUAAGAUGACGACAGCGUUGGCCCGGCCAUUAGUGGCUGUGUAUAGUGAGAAGAAUGAAGCAAGUGGAUCAACCAUUCCUCUGCCGGCAGUCUUCAGGGCUCCAAUAAGGCCGGACAUUGUUACUUUCAUCCAUAAUCAGAUGAUGUGCAACAAGAGAAUCCCCUAUUCUGUUUCGGUCAAGGCUGGUCAUCAGACGUCGGCCGAGUCAUGGGGAACAGGCCGCGCCGUGGCGCGUAUCCCCCGCGUGCGAGGCGGAGGCACCCACCGCUCUGGUCAGGGAGCUUUCGGCAACAUGUGCAGAGGUGGUCGCAUGUUCGCCCCGACAAAGACCUACCGUCGCUGGCAUAGGAAGAUCAACAUUAACCAGCGCAGAUAUGCCAUGUGCAGCGCAAUUGCGGCAACUGGCGUCCCUGCCCUGGUCAUGUCCAAAGGUCACAGGAUUGAGGAGACGCCAGAGAUACCACUCGUGGUCUCAGACAAGAUGGAGGAGCUGAAGAAGACGAAGGAGGCUGUAUCUUUGCUGAAGAAGUUCAGAGCAUACACAGACAUUCUCAAGGUUAUAAAGUCGAAACGAUUCCGUGCUGGAAAGGGAAAGAUGAGGAACAGACGACGUGUGAAGAAGCGAGGCCCACUAAUUAUUUACAACAAAGAUAAUGGCUUGAGGAGGGCUUUCAGAAAUAUUCCAGGUAUCACACUUAUCAAUGUCAGCCAGUUGAACCUGAUGAAGGUUGCUCCUGGUGGACAUGUAGGUAGGUUUUGCAUUUGGACAGAGGGUGCUUUCCGCAAACUAGAUCCCUUGUACGGCACAUGGAGAAAGGAGUCUAGGAUAAAGAAAGCAUACAAUCUCCCAAUGCCAAAAAUGACAAACAGUGAUCUAUCUAGAAUAUUGAAGAGUGAAGAGAUACAGUCAGCCGUGAAACCACCUAACAAAGUCAUUAAACGAUUCACAAUGAAGAAGAACCCGUUGAAGAAUCUACGCACAAUGCUGCGUCUCAACCCGUACGCUGCUGUACAGAAGAGGUCUGACCAUCUGAACACAGAGAAGCGCAUCAAGGCAAAGCAGGCCAUUCUUGACAAGAAGCGUGGUAUUGUCCCGAAAGCAGCUCCUGCCCCUAAAAAGGCAGCGGCGCCCAAGAAGGCGAAAAAGGGAAAGUCGGCUAAGUAAACGGCCCAUUAGGCAAACUCAGUGGAUUAUGCUGUUAAUUGCUGUAAUACCCUUCUUUGUUGGUUGAAUAAACCACAAUGCUGAAUGUA